UUUCUCUUUGUCUCUCUUAUUAUCGACCAAAAGCAUAAUACACACAUGACAUCCAUCGUUAAUUCGUUAGCUGUUCCUUCAACAUAUCGCGAUCAGCUCUACCAAGGAUCGUCUAAUCAGUUCGUGGACGAUCUGACCGCGACCGCCACACUAUACGUCGGCAAUCUGUCAUUUUAUACAACUGAGGAACAAAUCUAUGAGCUGUUUUCAAAAUGUGGCGAAAUCAAGCGUAUCAUUAUGGGCUUGGAUCGAAACCAAAAGACACCUUGUGGAUUUUGCUUUGUUGAAUACUAUCAUCGUACUGACGCGUUAGACUGCAUGAAAUACGUCAAUGGUACAAAGUUGGAUGAGCGUGUGAUACGUUGUGAUUUGGACCCUGGCUUUAAAGAAGGAAGACAGUUUGGCCGUGGCAAGAGUGGUGGUCAAGUACGUGACGAGUACCGCACUGAAUUCGAUCCAGGUCGUGGUGGAUGGGGUCAUCGCAUGAGACUCCAACUUGAGCGUGAGCGUGAACAGAAGCUGAAGGAGACGUAUGAACCUAUCAAGGAGAUUCCAUCCGGUGCAGAGCAGUAUAAGAAUCGUAUUCAGGAUAUUUCAGGAUCACGUAAACGUGAGCGUGAUUCGGAGGAUGAUCCAGAACGAAAGCGAUUAAAGGAACAGAACCCAAGAUUCAGAGAAAAUGACGAGGAUGAGGAUGAUGAAUAAAUAAACUUGCAUGACAUUGGUGGUUUGGAUAUCCCUUCCUAUAUUUCUUUAAAAUUUUUACUUUCUUGAUCGUGGUGAUCGGGUCCAUAGAAAAAUCGCAGAGGGGAAAGGGUGUAUUACAUGUCUGCCAGAUGGUAGCAUCGACACAUACUGACCACCACAAAAUCGCGCCAAGUAAAUGUCCUAAACCAGCAGCGAUUGUACCAAACUUAUUGUAACUAUA